AUGAGAAAGGUGUUUAUAUUUGAAUUUAUAUUGGCAGCUCAUGUUGUAUUUUGUAUUUUGAUAGAAAUGUAAUCAAUAAUAUUUCCAAUUUAAUAAAAAUUAGUAGAUUUAGAUAAUGUAGGACCUGUAAAAAAGUAUAAUAAUUAUAUUAAAUAUUAUAUAGAAAUACUCAUGCUAAUCAUAAUUCAUAUUUUGAUUUAUUUGGAUUCUUUGGACUUUGUAUUUGGUUAUUAUUGAAAUAUUUUUUUGAAGGAUUUCGAUUUAAUUCAAUUCUAAUAAUGGCAGCAUAUACAUUCUUCUUUUUUGAUAGAGUAAUAUAUAUAUUAAUUAUUUAUAAUAGGCAUUAUAAUUUGCAGAUAAAAUAUUAUGUUAAGUAUCUGCUGUAUUAACUAUUUUAUAUAUUUGGACAUUAAUUAGUUAUCCUGUUUAUGAAUUUCCUAAAUCUACAGGUAAAUAUAGAACAUGUUAUAAAUCAAUUAAAUUAAAUGAUAGUUAUUAAACUGAUACUUCUGUAUAUUAUCCAUGUUAAGAUAAUAAAUAAGAAGAUAUUAAAUAUAAAUGGUUACCUAAUAAUAAAUUUAGUAAAUUAAUAUAUGAAUUAUCUAUUUUAUCAUCUAAAUGGGUACCAUCGGAAUGGAUAUUUGAUAUUGGAUUAUCUUUUUUAAAGUAUUUAAUUAUUAUUAAAUUUAAGUUUUAUUAAUUUUACAGCUAGUAUUGAAUAACCAUUAAUAAAUAAAGAAUUAGAUGUUAUUAUAUUUAGUCAUGGAUUUUCAUAACAUAGAAAUGCAUAUACAACAUUAUGUUAAUAAUUAGCAAGUGAAGGUUAUGUUGUAUUUUCAUUAUAACAUUAUGAAUUAGUUUAUCCAUGGGAUAUUAAAGGUACUAAAAUAUAUAAUACUGGUAAUUAUCCAGAAAUUAUUGAAAAAUAUUAAAAAAUAAGAUCAUCACAUUUAGAAUGGAGAACUGAAUAAAUUUAAUAAUUAAUUGAUAAUUUAAAAUCAAAUAAAAUUAAAGAUGUAUUUUAUGAUUUUAAACCAUUAUCAAUUAAUUUAAUUGGUCAUUCAUUUGGUGNAUUUAAUGAUUAUUGA